CUGUAUGGCACAGCUGGUUACACACUAAGAGCCUAUCAAUGGAGUUGGAAGCUAAAGAUGAAGAGGAAGAGAGCCUGCAAACAGCUUUCAAAAAGCUCAGGGUGGAUGCAGCAGGAUGUAUUGCAGCUCUGUCUGUGGGCGAUGGGACGAUUCUGAGGACACCAACAAGAGCAGCCAUGGAUGGAGUCAAGCAGCAGACUGUCUGCUCGAAGGAAGCGUGGCAUGGGUGUGUGAGAAAGCCUUCCAGAGGAUCAGCAAGAGUCCCUCGUCGCAGACGCUCCAAAUCUCCUGUCCUGCAUCCUCCCAAGUUUACGUAUUGCAAUACGAAAGCCAACAGCCAGCUGAAACACAAAACCCAGGCAGACACAUCAAAGGGUAGUAUCAGUUCAGACAUUUUUGUUACAGCAGAACACGGUACGAAGGACAGGAACGAUUCUCACCUUGAGACCAGCAAUGACAGAACUCAACCUUUGGAAGCUCUCAUUGCCAAAGAGCCAUUGGAGAAGUCAAGAGAGAAUUGCCCUGCUCUCCCUUCAUCCUUUGAAACCAGCUUGCAUUCUAGCCAAACCUCAGAUUUCCAGUCCUUAUCCAUGCUUAGCAACGGCAAGCAGUGCCCUUGCACGGACAAGAAGUGCCAGUGCAAGCAGUGGCGAACCAUGGAGGUGUACUCUUUCUCUGGCUUGCGGAGCGUCCUGUCAGAGUGCGAAAAGGCAGUCCUGGGAGUCCACGCCCAGUCUCUUCAGAAUAGAUCCUCCUGCGGGACAGCCUCAGCAGGUUCUCCUCGAUCUUGUUCUGAGCAAGCUCGAGCCUUUGUGGAUGACGUGACUAUUGAAGAUCUUUCAGGAUACAUGGAAUACUACCUGUAUAUUCCCAAGAAAAUGUCUCACAUGGCAGAAAUGAUGUACACUUGA